CAGAAAUAACCCUCAGCCAGCAUGCCGAAGGGAGAAAAACAAGAAGAGCGGUAUUUUUAGGCUCAUUAAUUUGGACCACGUGGUCUGAAGGUAAACCGGAUGGUCGGAGCUCACAGGCUCCUCGUCAGUAUGUCCUGCGAGGCCGGCACGCCGCACUGGACGCUGACCGCGGCGGUUCUCCUGAGCCUCCUGCUGGGCAUCGUGUCUGCGUACCCGAUCCCGAGCGGCCGGACAAAUGGCACCUUGCUGCUGGAGAAGCGCUGGGAGACGCUCUUCUCUCGCUCCGUGCUCGGGAUCUCCGGGGAGAAGCCGGAGCUCAACUGGGAGAGCGACUACCUGCUGGGUAUCAAGAGAGUGCGGAGGCUCUACUGCAACGUGGGCAUCGGCUUCCACCUCCAGAUCCUCCCCGACGGCACGAUCAACGGUGCCCACCACGAGAACCCGUACAGUCUCAUUGAGAUUUCCACGGUGGAGAGAGGAGUGGUGAGCCUGUACGGAGUCAAGAGUGACUUGUAUGUCGCCAUGAACAGACGUGGGAGGUUAUAUGGGACGACAGUCUUCCAUGACGAGUGCAAGUUCCGAGAGAGGAUGCUCCCCAACAACUACAACGCCUACGAAUCGCUGGCGUACAGAGGCUCCUUCGUGGCGCUCAGCAAGCACGGCCGCGUCAAGAGGGGCAACAAGGCCACCACUGCCAUGACUGUGACGCACUUCCUACCCCGAAUAUGACCUCCCCCGAGCAAAGACUGGCAAUAACACACUUAUUUGCACAUGUGGAUUCUUUCCCAGGUAACUUCAAUACCCGAUCCAUUCUGAACAUCCAUAAAAAAAACCACCUCGGUCUGUCAUAGAGAGAAUAUCCAAUAGUAUUUAUUCAGACUUUAUAUGUAUAUUUGGGUAGCUUACUUUGUAUUAGAAAUGAUGAAAUGCCUUUCUUUGCUGCUUUGUUGGAUUUUAAACCAAUUUAUGUUGGGUGAGGGGAGGAGGCUUCAUUGGUCUCUUCAUUCUACUGUAUGGGUGCUUGCUGGAGUCAGUGGAGUGGGUGCCCCCUUCUUUUUGGAGAUGAUCAUUGUAUUACCUCAAAGCACAAAAAACCCUGAAAAUAUACAUGCAUGGAACUUAUACCGAGGGAAAAAAAUGCAAGUGAACAUGUUUUUGUUGUGCACCAUCUCUGUUUGUUGGAUAUCGUCUCUGACAGGGCAGCUCAAGCACUUGCAAGUAUGGCGGUGGUUGUUCUUGUUUUGUCAUGAGGUAGCGGUGCCUUGAAUUCCAAUUCGGUCCCCCCCCACCCUUGCAUGCAAGUAUCGCCGGUGCUUAAGUCAGAAAUAGGAAUGACAGACAAGCCAUCACUUCGCAAGUCAGACGCCAGCGUUGGUCUUGAGCCCCAUUCCAGGAAGGCCACACGAUGUUCCCUCCGGGAAUGAGCUAAAUGAAGUGAAUUGUGAUUGCAGAGCCUUUUCGAAACAUUUGAAAGAAAGAAAUCGGACCCCGGAGGGAGUUUUGACAAUCCCGCAAUUUGGUGAUCAAAAGUCUUUGUGGACAUGCCAUUGUCAUCCAAGUAUGAAGGAAACAUCAUUUUUCUCACUUAAGUUCUACGGAUGAGAGUGCGCUGUCUGGCAUUUAGACAAAAGAGUGACGGAGGCUUCCCUUUUGGUUUGGCCUUUAUGCAGGAAAUAGAGUGGACGCUACUGUUGAUUAGUCAGUUCACUGUCAAUGAGAGUCCGCUCUGAUGGACAUCAGGAUUCGACACUUCAGGUACCCCAGUCACUCCCAUUAUUCUGACAUUAUUAUUGAUGAAAUGUUGUAUUUAUGCAAAUUGGUCACUGAGUAUGUAGCAUACUUUUCCUUGAAUGCAGCCCUUUGAGAUACUGUAAUUUGGCGAUGGAUCGGGGAGGGGGCAAAGGCCACGACGGCAGCUAUGCUCCAAAUUGGACUUUUAAGGGUCUCUGCGAGUGGCCGCCGUUGCUGAUUGAACGAUGCGAGUGAUGCAGACGAACACUGCGGGCCCCCCCCAUCCAUCCGAGCCACUUGUGUACGGAGGCUUUCGAUGCUGACGUUUCGUUCUCGGGUUACUGACGUUUCGUUGUUUUCUUGUGGCGACCUUGUUCUUUGAGCAGCAUGACAAGCAAGCCUCUCGUGUUUUCUCAUGCGGAUUGAGAUGAGGAUGUCAUGACUCAUCGACACCGUUUUCGGCCCUGCUGACACGCGCUGCAAUCAGUGUUUAGUUUUGGGGUACAGUGGAACCUCUGAAGUACUAAAGUUGCUUAGUCGAGCGAUUCUGGGAAGUGGGGUGGGGACGGGGGAGCUCAAACAUCACAAAUGAUUUUCUUUGGCUUUUUGAGACAUGGAUUCCAAUUGCCACAAAAGAGGCAGGGAAUGUUCCUCAAUACAAUAUCCCUGGAGAACCCACAGAGACAAAUUUGGCCCCUAUAAAUUCUGCUAUUCAAAUCUUACCCUUAAAUCCCAAAGGGUCAAAUUUGGCCCUUAUCCUAAAUUAGGAUUCAAGCAUUGAAUAUUUGAAAAAGAAAAACAUAUUUUGGUGUCCAGUGAACAUACAGAAGUCAUUUAAUGGACAAUUCAUCAUUUUCCAAAGAUGAAAAGGGUUCUUGGGUUCUCCUGGGAUAUGGCAAAAAAAAAGUGAAUCCUUUCAUGCACCCUGUAACCUGAUAACAUGAGAAGCUGCCCACUAUUGUAACCGCUGUCCCUGAAAGGGUUAAUAAUGCUACAUUUCCACAAAUAGUUGCCUCCGCUAGAAGUGACACCGUUUCUCAAUUAAUCAGUGCCACGUGAACAAAUUAAAGCCCCUCCUCAAAUCGCCACCUUGGUUAAAAGUCUCAGUAAGUCUGUUCAUGCGCAAUGCCGUUCACGCUCAGCGUUAAUGCCUAAACUGAUUUCCCCUGAGUUCCAAAGUCUGUUGUUAACAGCAGCAUUUAAAGUAGCAUGUUAACAGCCUUUUGCAAGAAUCUUCUUUUACUUUGGAAAACAAUGACCGAAUCCAUUUCAAAAACGUCUGUGAGUACAUCAUCUCCUCCCCCUCGUGCGAUACUGCUUAGCUCUUGUUUUUUUUAUCGGGAAACAUGAUCAAAUAAACACAAUAAUUGGUUUGCAAACAGUAGUCUGGGGGACAAUUGUUUCGAAAUGCACUUUAAAGCAAAAUGAAAUGCUAUCAGAUUAAUCGCGAUUAACACGCCACAAGAUCAUCAGUCAGGAUCACUUUUAGCGACAUCAGAUGGUUGAGCCUAUGCCGACUUUGAUCGAAAAGGAGAGGAAAUGAUCAAAUUCAGUCCGAUUACUGGUGUUAAGAUGAAUCAAAGUUUGGAGUCUUAAUAAUAAAACAAGUUCCCAGUACGGGAUAAAUGAUGACCUUGCCUUAUUUUUUUUUGAGGGGUGGGGGGAUUUUCUUUCUGUCAAUUUUGUUUUUGUCGAUUCUGUGCUCACUCCACAUUGUCUUGCAAAGAUGCACAUUUGUUUAGAUUAGAUCCAUGCUGUCUUCCUCUUUGGAGUUUGCCUCCUUUUUUUUUUGGUCAUUCCUCUGCAUUUUCCUCAUGGUACUCAUUUUCUAAUUUGUAGUAAUUUCAUCUGUGCUGGAUGUUACAUGUUACUCAUACAGUACAUUUGUCAAUAAAGUUUUAUACUAUGCAAUAUAUAUAUAUAUAUAUAUAUAUAUAUAUAUAUAUAUAUAUAUAUAUUCAUUCAUCUUACGAGCCGCUUGAUCCUCACUAGGGUCGCGGGGGGUGCUGGAGCCUAUCCCAGCUGUCUUCGGGCAGUAGGCGGGGGACACCCUGAAUCGGUUGCCAGCCAAUCGCAGGGCACACAGAAACGAACAACCAUUCGCACUCACACUCACACCUAGGGACAAUUUAGAGUGUUCAAUCAGCCUGCCACGAAUGUUUUUGGAAUGUGGGAGGAAACCAGAGCACCCGGAGAAAACCCACGCAGGCCCGGGGAGAACAUGCAAACUCCACACAGGGAGGUCGGAGCUGGAAUCGAACCCGGUACCUCUGCCAUGUGAAGCAGACGUGCUAACCACGUGUGUGUAUAUAUAUAUAUAUAUAUAUAUAUAUAUAUAUAUAUAUAAAAGCAACAAACUAGUCAAUAGACAAGCACAUGAGUGGACAGGGAGCGAUCUCGAACACAGCCCUGUUGUCACGACAUGAGAAAAUGAAGUCAUUCUUGAAAUAGAACGAUAUGCAAAUCAGAUCGUGGUCAGUCAUUUCAUGCGUGUUGUACAAAUUUACUGACUGGUAAAUGUAUUUUUACACUCGUAUGACAGUUUAGAAUGUUCAAAUAUUGUCUGUACAGUUAAUUAAAGUAUGUCUUUUUAUUUAUUUAUUUUUUUUUUUAAUCAGACAAAACUGGAGCUUGACCAGCAUUGUGUAAAAACUUGAGAGGUUCUACUGUACUACUCAAUUUGAAAUGUUUUGCAAAUUUCUGCACGUAGCAAAGUACCACUCCGUCCAGCUUGGUGGAGUAUGAUUUGUUUGAAGAAAAUGUUGUCACCGUUUACCUCAUUCACUCUUAACUGUAAACUGCUGUGGGCAGUGCAUCGGGAGGGCGGGGGGGGGGGGGGGGGGUAGGGAGGACAAACUUUCUGCUCAUGCUUGGUAACUGAGACGUGUGGCACCUGGAUGGCGAGUGCGGCCAUGCCAGCGCAUACAGCGUUUUUUUUUGCCAAAAUGACACCAGAGGUCAUAUCAGUUGACCUCGAGUCAGGAAUAACAGGACACCGUCAGGCCAAAAGGGUCGGUGGGGGUGGGGUGCACAAGAGUUAAGUGGGAUGCACUGUAAGUAGCAAAAAGAAUCAAAUGCUUCCAGAACGGUUGCUUGCUUGGUUAAACAUGUUGAAUACUGUGAUUACAAGGGAGGCUGAAGGUGUUAAACUGUGACUAUUAUCACUGCUGAUAAAGCUAUCUUUUGGUUCGAUCACCAUUAUGAUUGUUUUGUUAAUUUUAACACAUGAUGGAGGAAAUAAUCAGAAAAUAAUCAGCUGUAUCUUCUGUUUUUUUUUUGUUUUUUGUUUUUGUUUUUUGCUGGAAUGAUUGCAUGAUUGUAACAUUUUUGGCAAAACUACUAAAAUGAGGAUAAAUUAUUAUAUGCGGUGCAAUUUUAUCGAAAGGGGAUGAGUCCAUGGCUAAGAAGUCUGAUUUACACAUUUCAAAGCACUUGCUUGUGAAGGCAAUAUUGUGUGAAUUGCUUUUGGCUUUGUUUUGCCAUCUCUUGUUGGGUGUUGCACAGGACACUCUUAAAACAACGCGAGGUGGUUCGACUGGCAAUACAAGAGAAUAUUUUACUAUUCGCAGCGAUGUUGCCUCGAAAUGCAACUUUGUUGGGUGUCUUCAAAGGACAAGAAAGUCUGUUGCAUGAUGUUGUUUUGAGGCAGACUUCCGGUUGAGUUUUGAUUUCACUGAGAGAAGUAUUGGUAUGGUGCGGGAAAAAAAAAGAUCCCUUGUCAAUCAACUCCCACUUCUUUAAUGCCCUAUUAUGCACAAGGAAUUUGGAAUGGUCCCUUGUCGGUUUUGCUGACCAUCAGCUGCGAUUAAAGAUCUAUGUGGGUUUACAGGAAUCUCAAGCGAGUGGAUCUGUGCUCAGAAUGUGUGUGUGUGUGUGUCUCGCUGUGUGCCUGCAGCCUUUCUGUUUUCCUCUCAGUUUCCUAUUCCUGCACUGAGGGGAGAGUGCUUCCUCUUGAGUCCCCCUCCUCUUUUGGAACAUAUACCUCACCUUCUGCCUUAGUUCUGAUUAUUGAAAUGAUUGUAAAUUAGUUUGAAACAAUAGACUUCUUCAAUCAUUUGUUUCUGAGAAAAAAAUAGGAUGGUGAGUACGUUAAAAAAAAGACUAUAUGACAAAUGGGUUUCCUUUUAUUUUUGUACGUAUGUGCUGUGCACAGCAUUCAACUGUAUUCCUGAUAAUAAAAAAGAUUUUGUAAAAA